AUGGCAUCAACAACCAACGAGCUUAUUUGGAUUAAGCAAGUGCUUACUGACAUUGGAGUAAAGUGCAAGGAUCCAAUGGAGAUGUACUGUGACAACCAAGCAGCCAGACACAUAGCAUCAAACCCAGUCUUUCAUGAAAGGACUAAACAUAUUGAAUUCUUCUACAUUCGAUUUUCCCACAAAUAUGCAAAGGAAGCGGAGGAGGAGGGGCAAAAUAGGAAAGAGGAAAAUGCGCCGGUAGUUCCUAGAAUUGGUGCAUUCUAUAUGCAUGAUGAUCGAUUUGGACGCAGGAUUACUUCUGGCAGAAGGAAAUUGCAGGAAUUCAAAGAUGAAAAGAAAUGGCAACAUGACAAGUUUGAAGAGAUGACCAAAGGGUACAGGAUUUCUGAUGAGCAUAAUCAAGGAUACUAUGGACACCAGGGCAGAGGCUACCAUAUUAAUGCCGACCAGUUUAAACCUAAUGAUAACUUUAACGGACAAAGCUACUCAUCAAGACCUAUAAAAGGGAGAGGACCUGUAAAGUGUAAACCUCUUAACAGCAGCAGUUAUGUAGUUCCACUAACAAGAAAUAAGGAAUCCAGGAAGCCCCCUGGUAUGAACUCAAAUAUCAAUUCAACAAUAUUGUUGUCACAUGCUUCAGAGAUAGGUUCUGAUUCACUCAUCUCCAAGUCUAAGAAGAUGUACCAUCACGCAAGCUCUUCCAAUCCUGGGAUUUGUGUACCAAAGAAAAGGGAUGUACAACCUAGAAAAACCGAAGGAUAUCUUCCAGGUGAGGACGUACGGUUGCCAUGUCCCAAUGCACAUCUAAAGGGAAAGGAUGUAAGCAGAUAUAAUGUUGAAUCUCUCCAAUUGAUAAUUUCCCAUCUGUCACUGACAUCUUCUGACCAAGAUGAUAAUUUCUCUUCGAUGCGCUACCAUCCUGCUGAACAAAUAUCUCCUGAAAGUCCAGUUUAUUAUCCUUCACAAGUGUAUAAUCACCAGUUUAGCUCACAUUAUGAGAUUGCGCCUCAAUCUUCAUUUAUAGCUCCAUCACCAAGUGGAUCCGAUUUUGUAGUGGUGGCUAGCUCAAGGAAAUCAGAAAUGGCAUGGUCUGGAAGAGGAAUUGGCACUGCUCAAGGCUGUGGAACAGGUUCCCAAUUUGGCGAAACCUAUGGCCAUCAAAACUUCAUCACCACCACACCACUUAUGCAUACAGCAAUGGAGCAGGUGCAGGAAGACCUGGUAAACCUCCAGAUGGAAUUGAUGCAGGCACUGCAAAGAAUCAAUACAGGCACCAAAGGAUCAAGCCUCAAAGAUAUUCAAGGAUGAAAUUUUACACACUAAAGUGGACAGAUUAGGUCAUUUAUAAAUGAGCAGGUUGGCUUAUUGAUCCUUUGCAAAUUGUAUCUUCUAUUGAAUGAGCAGGUUGGUUUAUUGAUCCUUCCGCAAAUUGUAUUUUCUAUUGUGAAUUUUGAGAUGCUUUAAUUUUUGAUGCCUCAGAUCUUCCUUACCCUUAUAUUUCUAGCUACCUAGUCUUAAUUACGGAGUACAGACCACAUUACUCCGUGCACUGAAAGACGAUUGAUGGAAAAGAACUAUUUGAUAUCGUACGGAGGCAGUUGCAAGCCUUCAUGGAGCAAAUGAACUGUCGGGACCUCCUACUCCUUUUUGUACAGAUCACGGAUACAGAAUGACAAGUGGGGGAAACAAACUCAACACGGUUGCUUAUCAAGUUUGAAGCUGCUGUAUAUACUUUUAGCUCUCUCUUAUUUACACGCAUACGCUCAAAGGCAAUCUUCCUUUAUGCUACUGAUGGUCAUGAUACACAAAUUCAAGAAACUAUGCAUUUUGCGGAGAGCCCCUUUCAUGGCCUGAUCCUGCAAGACAAUAAGAGCGAGGAAAGAGUGUCAGUAGAGAGACUAACAAGGCCACUCCAACGAGCAAGCAAGUGUGGGUUCAUAAAAAGGAAGGAAAAGAACAAAGAACAAAAGGUUUAAGAGUUAGGGUGAUUUUCCCUAAUUUCUCUCAUCAUGUAUUCUAUAUAAAUACAUAUGAGAUAAGGAUAGGAUUUUAGGAGAUUUUUGCUCCUAUUGGUCCAUCCAUUUCCUUCUUCCUCAUUAGUUGCUUCUCUUAGUACUAUAGUCAGUUCAUUGGCUGCUGGUACUGUGUUGUUUAGAGACGGACACAAGUCUUAUUUUUGUUGCUUUGGCCUUAAGUUGGAUUGUUAGAUGA